GUAUGUAGAAGCUGUUCCUGCGUGCGUACAGCAACAUGGCAGCCUCCAGUCUAAACGCGGUGCGAGUGAAGCUGUACUUUGAUUACCCUCCUCCCUCCAUGCCCGACUGCCGCAUGAGCUGGGUGCUGGUGGAUCUGAAUAAAUGUCGCGUUGUUGCAGAUUUAUGCAGUGUUAUUAGAGAAAAGUUCGACUACAGCCGCAAAACCGGGUUGGACCUGUUCAUUGAGAACUGUUUCCUUCCCCCUACAGAGAGCAUCUAUGUGGUCCGUGAUAAUGACAGUAUAAGGGUGAAGGUGUCCAGUGUAUCCUGUGAACAUGCAGGGAAAAAAAGAUUCAGAGAGGAUGAAGGCAUGUCCCAAAUACCAACAAAGAAGAACAGACAAGAACUGAGCGAGACAAAUGGUUUCACCCUGCCAACAGGUGCAACAAAGAAAAUGAAAAAGCACAAAGCAAAGAAAAAGAAGGGGGAAAAGCAGCAGGUAGAGUCUGGAGAUGCAUCAAAAACCACGGUCCCUGCUAAAGACCCUUUGUCCUCGAAGUCCCAGACAGACAAGAGCAGCAAGAAAGCUUCUGCGCCUUCUGUCCUUACUAAUGGAAAAGCAAUUCCAUCAGGUACGCAAAAUGAAAGCUCGGACUCAUCAGACAGCAGUGAGGAGGUUACUCAAAAACCUCCACCCAAAUCCAAACAAGCACAAGUUGCAGCAUCCAAACCACCUGCUGCAAGAAAAACCUCUUCCUCAGAUACAUCUUCAGAAGACGAAAAAGUUACUGUGAAAAAGUCUCCAAAACCUAGUGCAAGCUCAAAAACAUGUAACAGUACUAAAACACCUAAAGAGCAGUCAUCACCAAAAUCCAUAACAAACUCUUUGACUGCAAAGAAAACACAAAAACAGUCUUCUUCAGAUUCAUCCUCAUCAGAUGAUGAAGCUCCAGCAGUAACCAGAAAAGCAAAGGUCCCUACAAAAUCCACCAACCCUGCCCUGAAAACACAACCCCGAACUGUGACGUCUUCAUCCUCCUCGGAAGAAGAGGAUUCCAGAAAAGGCAGUACCUCUGGGAAAACAUCUCCAGGUCUGCAAAAAUCUUUGACCAGCAAAAUCUCCACACCUAAAAAACCUCCUGGGAUCCCCAAAAAAUCUAAAACACCAACUUCUUCAGAUUCGUCCUCAUCGUCUGAAGCCGAGACCUGCAAAACAAACCUCCCUGCAACACCCAAACCCUCUAAAUUGUCACAAGCUCAAACGCAGCCAUGCUCAGACUUGCAUGCUGUGAGUGAAAACGGCGGUACCACUUCGACUCUGUCCACUCCGGUAGGAACAAGGCUCCAGGACACCGAAGACAAAGCAGAGGCCUCUGAUUCGAGCAGCAGUGACACAGAGCUGUUGAUAAAAAGGCCGAAUCCUCAACUCAUGGCUGGUUUGACUCCUUGGGGGCGGGGCCGUGGGAUUAUGGACAAGGCUAAAGGUCGAGGAGGGGUCAGAGGUGGCUUUGGCAGGGCCAGGGGAACACCUUGGAAACAGAUCUUUCAUUAUGAUUAUGACAAUGAGGGCCAAAGAAAGCAGAAAGAGAUUCAGACUAAUAAAAGCUUGGUGCUGCAGAAUCCUCCAGAGCCGAGGCCAAAGCUGGAUUACAGCACUCUGCCUCUCCUUGCUGCUCCUCCUGCAGUGGGCCAGAAAAUAGUUUUUAAGCUUUUAGAGCUUACAGAGAACUACACGCCAGAGGUCUCGGAUUAUAAAGAAGGAAAAAUCAUUGAUAUCAAUCACAGCACUAAGAUGGUUGAGCUGGAGCUUCUCACACAAAGUCAAGCACGAACUGAACCUGGGAAAUUUGAUUUGGUGUAUCAGAACCCAGACGGCUCUGAAAGAGUGGAAUACGCAGUCACUACCGGUUGUCAGCUGACUGAGCGUUGGGAGUCGCUGCUCGAGCCCCGGCUUAUUGUGCAGAGCACAGACUGAGGGGGAAAAUUUUUACUUUCUCAUUUUGUUCUUAAGUAGCACUUUUGUAUUACAAUGCCCUUUUAAUUGAAUGUGCAUAUUAACUGAAUAAAUAUCUUUUUUCCAUUUUUUACAAA